AUGGAGGCAUUCAUUAGUGAGAUAGUGGAACCGCGUGUUCUUGAUCUCAUCGUUCUGAUACUGCCCAAAUGGAGACUGUUGCUUUACAUCUUUCUCAUGAAUAUAGUCAUUUUUACACCAGUGUACGCGUUCGGCGUACUGUUAAUCAGCGACGAAGAGCUGAUGCUUAUCUGUCCGUCAGCACUCCUAUGUGGCUUCAACCUCGUGUACCGAGCCGUGUUCCGACGAUACAACCACAACAACACCCGCACGGCGCUGCUCGGCGUCUGCGUGCUCGUACUAGGAAUCUCAGCUAGCGGGGUGGUCGCCUUGUAUGCCCGGAAACCGACUCCGCUCGUCUUGCUGCUGUAUGGAGGCGUUGGCGGUUUCGGUUACCAACUGGUGUUUUCCAAGAUGUGGAAAGUGCUUGCGAAGGCGUUCAACGCGAAGAAGGAGAUGUUUGUGAUACAUUUUUUAUAUUCAUGCGGGCAGGCUGCAAGCGUGUUGCUAUUGGUGCUUGUCCUCCAGCUCCCGUGGGAAGGCUACGUGUACGGCUCGCUACUGAUGCUGCUGAGCGGCAUUGUGCUGCACCUGUUCCCGAUCGUACUGCUGAUUGAGGGAGAGAAAAAUCGAUUAAAACUCGAUCUCGACUCGAUGGUGAACCUUACGGAGAAAGGAAACGAGCAGUUUUACGCGCACGUCACGCGUGCCGCCAACGCCGACGUUGAAGUGCACUACGCUGCCUCAAACGAACACCGAGAGCAGCCUGACGGGUUAAUGCUUUCAUCACUGUUAUCGCCAUCAACGGAAGCAAAUGUCACGGAUCAACAGGGUUCUGUUUUUACGCAAGCUAACCAGGCACGUUCAUUGUCAGUGUCGUGGAAAAAUCCCGCCAACUUUACGUACCCAUCAGUACAGGCGGAUAAAACCGCAGCACAACUGAACUGCGACGAACACGAGCACGAGGAGCACGUGCAGUUGUUUACCCGUGAGGGCAAGUGCUUCAAUCACGAUGGAGUCGAAAUUCUCGAGAUGAUUGUUGAAGAGGACGAGUGCGUGCUCCGCGCUUACAACGAUGACACUGGCUGCGAAAGUAUAUCACUAAUGCACGGCCCGGACAAGAGUGAUGGAGCAGUGUCAGCACCACUUACAGGCAAAUGGAGCUUAUUCGCUCGCCAGCUGGUCGAUGCAACCAUCCGGCCUCUCUACCGAAGCUUCGACCUUCGUCACUCGGUCAACCGACGACUGAUUUUAUCCGUGCGUUGCACGCUUCUUGAUAUUCGCUGCUACAGCUGUGUACUACUUCGGGCCACCGACACCUGCCUUUUCGUGCUGUUCCUGGCCAUACUGCCCCGCUUUACCGCUUACCACUAUCAGCAGCGGACCAAGUCUCGGCAAAUGACGAUUCUUUCGGUAGUAGUAAUACCAACGUCCUGGUUUCUCUGCUCCCUUCUUCUGCUAUGGUGUGACAUUAGGUUCCGCAAACAGCAAGACAGACUGCUCAUUUUCGGCAUAUUGUUCAAAGCGUUUGGUUACUUUUGCGGUUACUCGACCAAGUCGAGUUUCUGGACGUUCGCGGGUUGCGUGUUGAUCGGAUUCGGUCAGUCGAUCGCCUGCACCUACCAGGAUUCGGUUGUCCGCCGCCAAUUCAGCCUGCGCCAGUGGCAAGCGACCAAAGCUGGUCUCUGUUUGCUCACUGGCCUUGCAAUACUGCUCAUCGCCGGGUUAGCCAAUCUGUUUUAUGUUUAUGGCCGCAUUGACCACCUCCUACUGGUAUUGCUGCUCGUUUACUGUGCUGCCGGUGCGUUAUGGCUUGCCUGCAAUUGUCGUACAUUCUUCAUCUAACACCUGCCAGCGAGACGCGGUUCACGGUUCCUCCUUGCUAACG